CAUUGGCCCAUAUAUACUAAUGUUUGAUUUGUUCGCCAUUUCCAAAAGAGUGAAGAGGACAUGCUGAAUUAGGUGAGGAAAAAGAAUACACAUGAUAGCAUCAUCAUAAUUUUUGCAAAGUGAUCAUGCGAAUCAUUCUUUUUGCUAUUUCAUAUUACUUGUCUGCUUUUGAUUUAGCAGAUGACAUGCUAAAUCAAUACCAGCAAAUCAAUGACAGUGGGGCAUUAGUAUCUGCUAGAGGAGAUUUCAAGUUAGGCUUCUUUAAUACAAGCAAUUCGAGGAGACGAUACUUGGGGAUAUGGUAUAACAAUAUCCCAGUUCAAACCAUUGUUUGGGUGGCGAACAGAGACAGACCGCUUAAUGAUUCAUCGGGCAGUCUAAGGAUUGGGGAUGAUGGAAAUCUGAUCCUUCUUGACAGUGGAGGAAUAGUUGCGUGGUCUACCGGUAUCCAGAAUAUAUCGUCAAAAGCUACUGUUGCACAACUCUUAGACUCUGGAAAUCUUGUUUUGAAAAGUGAAAAUGGUGGGAACACAGAAAGUUAUAUUUGGCAAAGCUUUGAUCAUCCUUCAGAUACACAGAUAGCUGGUAUGAAGCUGGGAUGGGACUUGAAGGUUGGUUUGGACCGGUAUUUGACAUCGUGGAAGAGCGCAGAUGACCCUUCUUCCGGAGAUUUCUCUUAUGGGUUCAAUCGCGAUGGUCUUCCACAAGGUGUUUUACGUAAAGGGUCUGUUAAGAAGUACCGAACUGGGAUAUGGAAUGGUCUGCAGUUUAAUGGAGCCGGGCUUAAAAACGCUAUCUUCAAUGCUAAUUUCAUUGAUAAUUCAGACGAGGUGUAUUUCGAGUUUGAUCUAUACCAACAGCUAACAAGGUUGGUUUUGAAUUACACCGGGACAACACAAACUGUGAUAUGGAACAAUAGGAACCUUGAGUGGGAUUUCAUUGAUACAAAACCUAGUAAUCCAUGUGAAAGUUAUGGGCAUUGCGGCCCUAAUUCUAUUUGCACAAUCUCUAAUGCUUACAUAUGUAGUUGUUUGGUUGGAUACAUUCCUAAAUCAUCGCAAGAUUGGAAUGCGUUGGUUUGGGAUGGUGGGUGCGUUCGCAAAUACCCAUUAAACUGCUUGGAUGGAGAAGGAUUUGUGGCAUUCAAAGGCGUGAUCGUCCCUGAUUUGUUAGAUUUUCGGAUGAACACCAGUAUGACAGUUAAAGAAUGUGAAUUGGAGUGUUUGAAGAAUUGUUCUUGUAUUGCUUAUGCUAACUCCAAUACUGCUGAAGGGGGAAGUGGAUGCUUGCUCUGGUAUGGGGAUCUGAUUGAUAUUAGAAGCUUCCCAAAUCCUGGUGAUCAAACUCUGUAUGUUCGGGUUACAGCUGCAGACCUAGUGUCUAUAUCAGAUUCCAAGGAGAAGAAGAAGAGGGUCGUGUUGGUGAUUAUCCCCAUCUCAGUAGCUUUGUUGGUGUUCCUCCUUGUUUCUUGUAUAACAUGGAAGAGGAUAAAACAAGCAAGAGGUUCACGGCCAAACAUUCCAUUCAAAGAUGAUGAAAACAUAGACUUGCCCAUUUUCAAUAUAGUCACAAUUGCAAAUGCUACAAACAAUUUUUCUAUUUCUAAUAAGAUUGGAGAAGGUGGGUUCGGACCAGUUUACAAGGGUCAGCUAUCAACUGGACAAGUGAUAGCAGUAAAGAGGCUGUCGGAGAAUUCCAAACAAGGAGUUGGUGAAUUUAAAAAUGAGGUUAUCUUGAUUGCCAAGCUUCAGCACCGAAAUCUUGUAAGGCUUUUGGGAUGUUGCAUUCAAGGAGAAGAGAGGAUGUUGAUCUAUGAGUAUUUGCCCAACGGCAGCUUGAGCUCCUUUAUUUUUGAUACUACAAAAAGUAACUCUCUUGAAUGGAGGAAACGGUUUGAUAUUAUUGUGGGGAUUGCUCGAGGGCUUCUCUACCUUCAUCGAGAUUCGAGACUGAGAAUUAUUCAUAGGGAUCUCAAAGCUAGCAAUGUGCUGCUAGACAAUGAGAUGAAUCCCAAGAUUUCAGACUUUGGCAUUGCCAGAGCUUUCGGAGGAGAUCAAACAUCGGAGAAAACAAGAAGGGUGAUUGGAACUUAUGGUUAUAUGUCCCCAGAAUAUAUAUUACGUGGGCUCUUUUCAAUGAAAUCAGAUGUGUUUAGUUUCGGAGUACUUGUUUUAGAAAUAGUGAGUGGACAGAGGAACAGAAAGUUCCGACAUCCUAACCAUACUCACAACCUUCUUGGACAUGCAUGGAAACUAUGGCUUGAAGGGAAUGCCAUCAAUCUAGUUGAUGAGAAGUUGGAAAGUUCAACAAUGCUGAUGUCAGAAGUAAUUAAAUGUAUACAAAUUGGUCUAUUGUGUGUGCAACAAUGCCCUAAAGACAGGCCAACAAUGUCAUCUGUGGUGUCGAUGUUGGAUAAUGAGGGUGCAAUGCUACCCCAUCCUAAACAACCUGGAUUCUAUACAGAGGGGAGCACUGAUGAGACAGAACUUGCCUUGACUAUAGGAAUAAAAUGUUCCACAAAUAAGACGACUCUAACAAUUCUACUGGGUCGAUAAAAAAUUCCAAUUGAAGCACUAAUGCUCAUGGUUAUUAUUAUUAUUUUUUUCAGUAAGAGAGUUAAUACCAUA